GGGCCUCAGCGGGGAUCGACGAAGCGGCCACAGGACAGGGGACACUCCCGGAUCUGCGCGAAUUUCAGAGGUAAUUAUCUCAGAAAUGUCGAGGAAGCCAGGAGCAACUCAAGCAAUGCAUAAGGUCAUAAUGGUUGGAAGUGGAGGUGUUGGAAAGUCUGCACUGACACUGCAGUUUAUGUAUGAUGAGUUUGUUGAAGAUUACGAACCUACAAAAGCGGAUUCCUACAGAAAAAAAGUUGUAUUAGACGGAGAAGAGGUACAAAUAGAUAUCUUAGAUACGGCAGGACAAGAGGAUUACGCAGCGAUUCGAGAUAAUUACUUUCGCAGUGGGGAAGGGUUCCUCUGUGUAUUUUCGAUAACGGAAGAUGAUAGCUUCCAAGCUACACAGGAAUUUAGAGAACAAAUUCUCAGGGUAAAAAAUGAUGAGAACAUUCCAUUUUUAUUAGUGGGAAAUAAAAGUGAUUUGCAAGAAAAAAGGAAGGUUAGUUUAGCCGAAGCUCAAGCAAGAUCUCAACAAUGGGGCGUUCCUUAUGUAGAAACAAGCGCUAAAACAAAAGAAAAUGUAGACAAGGUGUUCUUUGAUUUAAUGAGAGCAAUAGCUGCUCGUAAGGCACAGGAAAACCAAGGAGACGGGAGUGAACGUAAUAAGGAAACAAAGUGCUGCAUCUUGCUAUAACAAACAUAAAACAAUAUGUAGCUUAUGUUAUGGAAGGUUCAUCUCCUAUAAUUGAAAGCUUACCAUAAGAGAACUGUAUUUAUAUAUAAAAAUGAAAGUUUUCUGACACUUUACAGUGAAUGACGCUUUCAAUCUUCGCUGUUCACUAUAUUACAAAAUAUAUUAAACUUAAGAUAUAUAUAUAUUAUAUAUAUACAAUUUAUUCUAAUAUAUACAUAUUAAAUAUUAACUGAUUAACUAAUAUAUAUUCCAAGAAUGUCACAUAUACCUGUUUUCUAUGAAAUUAAAAAAUUUUUAAUAGCAAUACAUUUUAUUACUCUCUAGUUUUUAUUAUGUAAUAUAGUCAUGUAAUAUAUAAUUUGAAUUAAAAAGCAAAAUUUAUAACAUUUAUGAUAGCUAAGAAUUACGAAAACGCAAAAUUACUUGUCACUCAGAGUGCUGAAACGUAAAUAUUGUUAAUAUACUUGAGGAGACUGAAAAUGUAGACGAUACAUAUUUUAUAAAGAUUAUUUGUUUUUCCGAUUGAGCAAAUAAUGUAAUUACAUUCAUGUUGAAAUAAAAUAAUUGCAUUCUUAAUUGCCUUGUGCAUUAUUUAUUUGUGACCUUUAACGAGUUCAGCACUCUUUGUUUAAAAAUAACAAAAGAUUAGAAAUUAAAUUCACUAUCUUACAUAUUUUGAUUAUUGAUAUAGUGAAAAAGUUCAGAUAUCAAAGUAGUCGACACUGUAAAGUAACGAAAACUUGUAAUUUGUAAGCAAUUUGUUUAUAUAUAUACAUAUAUUUCACAUAGUUUUAAUAUAUCGCUAUGUUUUAUAGUUAUUUUUAUCACAGCAUUUUAUAGUGUAACAGUUUGAUAUCUCGAACGUGUGAGUGAAUUUUAUAACACAGUUGUAACACAUUAAUAAUUAUUUCUCUUUGUUAUAUACAAUGUUAUAUGUAUAUUAAAUUUUAUUAUGCAAAAAAUGAUCAUCAUUUUGCAUACAAACAUGAUAACAUUAGGUUUCAAGUAUAAAUCCUAGCAUAUUGUGUUGCAUAUUGUGUUACGUAUUGUAUGUAUAAGCCACAGCAUAUAAAACCAAGAUAGAAAAUUUCAACGAAAAAAAUUGAUUUAUAUUCUCUCAAAUUUUUGUUGUAAAAAUUAUCAGUUUAUUUUGCAGUAGCAUUUGACGCUGUUACUUGCACAUCUGAAAUAUCAAGCCAUGAUGUAAAAAUGAGAUGAAUUUUUAUGUUUAACAUGGUAGACUGUAAUUAGAGACUGAUUGUAUAAUUAAGUCACUUGUUUAAAAACUUCUACCUCUAUAAGGCGCAUUUAUGCAGAUAUAUAAAGUAAAACAAUUUUAAUACAGCUUUGACCGAAGAGAAAAGUGACUUGAGAAUUGUAUUACGAAAUGAUUAUUAAAGUUACGCAAAAUGCGUAUGUACAAUAGUUUUUCUUUUAAAGAAAAUGAGAGAAAUAUUUGUCUAUUUAAUUUUGAUACUUUUGUACUGUUAACAUUGAUUGUGCCUUUUAAGUGUUCAUUGUUAAUGUAACGAGGUCAAUCAAACUUUAAGAUUCUUUAGAAGAGUUUUAUGACAGCAUUUAGAUUCAGAUAUAUAUCUAUAUAUACUACACACACACAUACACAUUAUUUACAUCACUAUCUACAUCUUUGCAAUUCUAUGUUUAAUCUGCUAUUUUGUCAUAAAUUAAAUGCCUUUUUAUGUAA